AUGUUGGCGGUGAUGGAUGUGGCUUUUUCUUUUCCUUCCACUGUAAAGCAUCGCUGGCUAUUUGGAGCUGUUGGGUGUGAAGCGUUUGGUUUUGUUUACCACUUUUUAAACGCAAUGUCUUUCAACACCCUGGCUAUAAUCUCGCUCGACCGCUUCUGGGUAAUCACGAAACCGUCUUUUGGCGCGAAAAUUACCGUGAAACGCGCGUUAUUUUGCGUGGGGUUAACGCACGUGUACACACUGUUUUUCACGCUGCCAAUCAUUUUCGACUGGAUUGGUUUCCAAGAGGAGAUUUACUUCACUGGCUGUUAUCUAAAUUUUGAGAAUAGAGACGAACGGACGGUGAUAUACUCCAUAGCUGUGGCGAUAUUUUCAUUUCUGGUGCCAUUUGCAAUCAUGAUCUAUUGUUACUUUUCGAUUUUUGUGUCGGUUCGCAAACGUGGAAAGGAAAACAAUUACCUGAAAAAAAGGCGCAGGAAAAAUUGCAAAUUUACCCUCCCACAUUGGAGGACUGCGCGAAUGAUCUUUGUUGUAAUUUUCGUGUUUUUAUUGUGUUGGUCUCCUCAUGUCAUUGUAUCUUUGUGUGUAUCGCUCGGAAUCAAAGUUUCGAUUUUAGUCCAAGAAGUUACAUUGCUUCUUGCAAAGUCAGCCAUUAUUUACAAUCCUUUCAUAUACGCUGUGCUGAAUCAUCGCUUCAGACACGCCUUUAUUGGAAUGUUUUGUCAGAACCGGAGUCUGGAAAGUAAUGGCGCCGAUUGCAGCCGGACGCCAGUCGCCAGUGGUGGACCUGGGUCGAGUUUUAGGAUUCCUCGAACAAGCGCAUCCGCCAGAACAUUGUCGGAACGGUUAUCCGAGAGAGAAUUGGGUCGAGAGUCUGCGGAUCAGUGUAGGCUAAAAAGUAUCAGCUAUUGCAAGAAAAGGUUGACGAUUUGUAGCUCGGGAGAGCUACCUUGCGCUCAUAAUGUAGCACUGGAACAAAACGAUCCAGAGGAAACUAUGGGUAAGGCAGUAGCACUCGAAGAAAUAGGAAUGGACAACGACGAAGAGAAGGGAAUUAGAAAGAACGAUUUGAUCACCAUCGAACAAAAUUAA